AAUCAUGGUUUAUAUAAUUUCCUUUUUAUCUUUAUCUUUUUCUAAUUUUAGAAUAAAAAAAAGGUAAAAAGUAAGUUAAACGGAGAUUAAAAUCAAUCUACGUUCGAAGAAUUGGGCUACUUUUUUAUGCAUGUAUAAUUGAAUAGAAUUUUAUUGUAUUUAUUGUCUUUGAAUCUUGGCACUUUACAAAAAUUUGAAAGUAACGGGAAGUGUUGAUAAAACUUGCGUAACAGAUAUAAUUUAAUAUUAUAAUUAAAUAUCGGUUGUGAUAAAUUAGAUAAUUUUUUUAGAAAAAAUAUUAGAUGAGAAUUGAAAUAUACGUUUUCAAUAUCUUCGAAAAGUUUGUAAAAAACAAUUUUCUAACUUAGGGAGACAUGUGUCAAACAUUUCCAAACAUCAAAAAUAUCAAAAUUGAAUAUUGUUUUUAUAUUGUUUAUUAUUAAUCUUUUUAAUUAUUUUUAUUUUUAAUUUUAUAUUUAUUUUUAUAUCUUCAUAUCUAUAUUUAUAGUUGUUUUACAUGUUUCGAAACAACAGAAGAUAUUUAUAUAUUACAUUGAAGUGAAAGGUUUCUAAGAGUCCAUAUACAUUAACUUGUAAAUAUUUUAUGAUUUAUUCAAAUGAUUCGUGUCGAGGGAAAAGGAAAGGAAAGUACAGUCUAUGCCAGUUUUGAAGGCAAUUUUUCAGACGUUUAUUUUUUAUGUUACAGAAAUAUUACAAAAUAUAAAACACUCUAGUUUACAUUUAUAUUUUCAAAAUCUUAUUUUUCAAAAGCAAAAUGGUAUGCCAAUAUUGGUCAUCUUCCUUUAUUCUAUACAAUAAAAUGGAAAGUUGUAAAUUCCUAUUUCUCAGGAUUCGCGGUUUCGAAACGUUAUUUCGGGAAACGAGGUUCCUAAACGAGACUUGUUCGGUCUUACUUCUUCUGCGAAGGAGAAGGGAAAGGGUUCAUGCUCACCUGAACCCUUUCGCAUAUCUCGUCGGGCCGGUCGGUCGUCGCACCAGCCGCGAGGGAGGGAACGGAGGGAAUGACAUAAAACUCUGAAACGAUGUCGGGAGGUAGCGCACUCUACGACAGGACCGAAGUGAGAGAAAGACACGAGAGCGCGGGCGUUGUUGAAUUCUUCUCCGCUUUCUCCCUCUGCCGCGCACCACGUCGCGCAACAUAUCGCGCGACACACGAACACGCGAGUCAACCGAGAUUAGUCGACCACCCUCGCGACAACCGGCUUCAGUUCGCGACACGAGACAAAAAUCGACCUACGAGGAAGUUAUAAAGGAGACCAGUUCUGGUACCAGAUCGCGCAGAUCAGUCGACUUCACUCAGAAGCGAAAGUCAGAAAAAGAGAAGAAACAGCCGAGCACCUGAUCGUCGACCUUAUCGCAGGCAAAUCAGAAAAAAAAACGGAACGGCAAUGUGUGUCCGCACGCUGUUGGGUAACGAGACGAGCGAGUCACUGCUGAUCGCGCCGUCAGUCAUCGCGGAUUCGAAGCGAUGCGACAAGCUGUCGCGUACCAAGGAAAAGUACAUGAGGCUCUACGAGGAGAUGUUGGAAAAGGAGGAGCAGCAACGUCAGGAGCAAGAGCGAGAGGAGAACGCGCUCUUCCUGCCCGACCUGGCCGACGACGUCUUGGCCGCCAGCACCAAUCACUACGGCCUGCUGCUGAAGAAGCUGUCCACGUAUUACGAGAUCGUGCGCCGCUCCAAAGUGUUCAAGAUCCUCUUCUACACGACGCAACCCGCACACAUAAUCACAAUCGCUGCAGUCUUAUUCGUUACGUCAGUCCUGCUUCCAGUCAAGGGAAGGAUGCAGGCUCCUUCUUAUUCGCGAAUGAUGUCCUUCAUUUAUCUCGCAUCUUUUGUCAUACAUUUCGGUGCUCAAAUUUGGAUGACAUUCGUAUCAGGUCUGUCUUUGUACUUUGCACUGCCACGACAUGCAUUUAGCGAAGUGCAACGCGUCCUAUUUCCAAGAUAUUUCACGAUUAACGCGUGUCUGAGUCUCAUCACGUUGCUCAUAUUUGUCAAACAGCAUCCGACGUAUACAUGGGACACCGAAAUUACUGUUCAGGUUGGUGCGAUAUCCGGAGCCUUUUUCUUGGAGUUGCUGAUACGUCUCUACCUAACACCGCCGCUUCUUCAGUUGAUCGUACAGAAAAAUAACUUCGAGCGCGCAGUGGGCGUCGGUAACGAGAUAGGCCGUCACAAUCCCGGACCGCUCAAAAAUUGUACGCACUACUUAAAGAUACACCGAGCGUUCCGCCGAGUGCACGUGUGCAUAGCCAUGGGAAACAUGCUGACUAUGGCGUGUACGGUACUUCAUCUCUAUUACAUAGCGAGCAAAUUGUGCGCUCUGUAAGAACAAUUAGUAUUUGAUCAUAAAAUUUAUAUACAGGGUGAUGCCUAAGUACAAAAUAUCUUCGUUUAUUUUUGAAAGAAAUGGUCUUAUAAACGUACCGUAAAUUACACUUUGUUUUCAAAAUACUAAAGUGUCAAAGUUGAAAGAAAGAUGAAAAUUUCGAAAAUGUGAAAAACAGCUAUAUUUUAUUCAAAUUUAGUAUGCGCACAUCUAGCAUUAAGGAUUAUUUUCCGGUGUGAGGUAAAACAUUUUUAGAUUCAUUUUUUACACAUUGUUAGCAUACCUUAUAAUAAUUUUGAAAACAAAGUAGUUUUAUUAGAAUCUUCUUAAACAAGCUUAAUAGAAUAUUCUCUAUUUCCUGUACUUACUUAGGAGUCACCCUAUAUGUGCUUUCGCGUUCAAGGGCUCAAAAGUUUUUGAAAAAAUAUAGAAUCUAGAAAAUAAUUUUGAGAAGAGCAUUUUAGUAGUAACGCGUUAGUACGUGUCUCGUAUGGUGGUAGCAAAAAUUCAAAUGCACCGAAAUAUUCAGAUCUAAGGGUGCAAGAUAUGAUUUUCCUGCCAUUAAAAUUACUUGCAAAAGACUGUAUAAUGAGUCUUUCAGUACAGUUGCCUUGAAUUUCAAACCUCGACGAAUAGAGGAAGAAAUAUCGAAGUAUAUUAGUGUACCUUGUAAUCUGAACUUACUCUAUGUUAAAAUAGAAUGAGUAUUCAGAUCAUAAACAUUAUUUGCAUGAUGUAAGUCACGCUGUGACUUAUUCUCAGAGAAGCCAGUAGCCAAUUCAAAGGAGAAUCAAGCCGAGGUAAAAGUAACCACUUCUCACAAAUAUGAUCUGCUUACAAUUCGUCAGUAGUGCUGUAUAAAUUAUUGCUGAAAGUAGUGCGAAGCGCGUGCAUGUAAUUUGUGAGAAUGUCUAGAGAUUUGAGUGGUCAUUUAUUUAUUCGUCGGCCUAAAACGGCCGAUGCUUCUAUGUAAAUAAUAUAUAUCUCAUAAAUCGAAAAAUAUAUCGAUUCGUUUGUAUUUGUAUAACUCGUAAGGUAUAUAAAACAUUUUUAUAUCCGUAUAUUUUAUAAGUUUUAAACAUAGAUUUUUAUUAAGAUAUAUUUCUUUUAUAUAUCGGCGUGAGAACAAUUACUCUUAUUAAAAAAUGUAUUGACAAUUGGAUCAAAGUAUCCUGUCUACGAUGGAAAAUCGUGGCUCACUUAUAAUGAUAGAUAUUAAAAAUUUUCAUAUCGAAUUGCUUUGUGAUUUUAAGAUCGCUGUUGUUAUAUUGGAUGCAAUAAAAAUAUAUCUACUCUGUAUCAGAGCUAAUGAUAUUUAUUGAGAUUGCACACUAAAAAAGGAUGGUAUAGAUAUAAAUGUAGCUACGAUAUCAAAAUGAAGGAAUGAAUUUAGCACGAUUAUUUUGUACUAAUUAAAUGAAUUACGGACACAUACACGCAUAUAGAGCUCAUUGCUGUAAAUAACUGCAUUUCGUUCAUAUUUAAUAUUUGUAAAUCAUACGAUAUCUCACAUAACAAUAUACGAGUAUAUAUUA